UUCCAGCCUCUUCAACUUCAGGAUUUCCUCGCUGGCGAGAUGUUUGUCGUUGUAUCAGGAUAUUUUCUUGUGUUGGUUGACUAGUUAAAUUGUCAGCUACCAUCAACUUUAAGUGUUUGGUUAGAAAUAGAAAAAGGGGUUGGAGAAAAGUUUCCACAUUGUAUCGGAUCAAUUGACGGAAAACACAUAGUUUUGCAAUGCCCAGUUAAUACUGGUUCAGAAUACUACAAUUAUAAAAACUCUUUUAGUGUUGUUUUAAUGGGAUUAGUUAGUAGUGACUAUCGUUUUAUAUUUGCUGAUAAGGGAGCCAAGGUAGAAAUAGCAACGGUGGCGUGUUUAAAAAUUCUUUGCUGUGGAAAAUAAUUUGCUUAAACAGCCUUAACAUUCCUGCUCCUUCUUCCCUUCAUGGCUCAAAUGUUGAUUUACCAUAUGUUUUCCUAGGAGAUGGUGUAUUUGUUCUCCAUACCAACUUGAUGAAACAAUUUACUGGAAACCAUGAGAUUGGCUCUCCAAAACGCAUUUUUAAUCAAAAAUUAUCAAGCUCCCGUGUUGUGAUUGAAAAUGUAUUUGGAAUAAUGGCUGCUAAAUUCCGAAUUUUCAAAAAACAAAUUUCAAUAGAAUUAGAAAAAGUUUCCAUCAUAACAAUGACAUGUGUGCUAUUGCAUAAUUUUUUAAUGAGAAAUGAAACGUCUGUAUCAAUUUAUACCCCUCCCGGUGCAAUAGACAUUUGUGAUAAUACUGGAAUGAUAAUUCAACCGGGUUCAUGGAGAAGAGAAAUCGGCGAAAAUUGUGCUAUUAAACCUAUCGAUCAACUACCACGUAGAUCACUAGAAAAUUCAAUAAGAAUAAGAGAACAAUAACGUCAUAGUUUUAUAAUAAUAAUUAAUACCUUUCAAUAAAUAAACAUAAACUAGUAAUUAUGAAGGAAUUUUAUAGAAACUUGUAUUUUGUUUUUCAAACAUGUACCUGAAUUUGCAGAAAACUUUCAAAAAACUAUUAAUUAUACUAGCCAUUCAAUACAAGAGCAGUUUAUUAGUCUUUGUGCUAAUAGUAUUAGAGACACAAUUAUACAUGAAAUAGGAGAUGGUGUGUUUGGCAUAAUGUGUGAUGAAGCACGUUGUUACAAGGAAGAACAAAUGGCUUUAUGUGUUAGAUACACCAAAGAUUUAAAUGUUCAUGAGGGAUUUUUAGGAUUUGUAGAUUGGUCAGUUAAGCAAGAUGCCGAAGCUUUGAGUCAACAUAUUUUUGAUUAUUUCAAAGCUUGUAAUUUAAGUAACAAAGCACAAAUUAUUGGUCAAUCAUAUGAUGGAGCAAGUUUUAUGGCUGGGAAAUUUAAUGGUGUUCAAGCAAAAAUUCAAAACAAAUAUCCAUAUGCAGUUUAUACUCAUUGUAUGGCACACCGUAUUAAUCUCGUUGUUGUUGACAUGUGUAAAUUUGUGAAAGAAACUAGAUGUAUCUUUAAUACGUUAGAAAGUAUUUAUAAUAAUUUUUCGUACCCUACAAAAAAUCAACAACUGAUUGUUAUGCAAAAAAAAUUAGGACUGAAAUUUAAAACAAUUGGAAGAAUAAUUGAUACAAGGUGGAAUUGUAGAUAUAAUAAUUGUGAUGCAGUCUUAGACUGUAACCAAGCAAUUAUUCAUGACUUACAAGAAGAAAAUGAUGAUGACAAUGACAAAGAUGUAAAUUCAGCUUUAGGAAUACUUACUAAUUUACAAAAAGCCUCUUUUAUUGUUAAUUUGUUUGUCAUACGCCAAGUACUCAGUAUCAUUAUAUCAUGAGCAACAUGAUGCAAGACAAAAAUAUCACAUUAGUAAAGCAGUAACAAUAAUUAAUAGUACUAUAAAAAAGUUACGAAAGUUCGCGUAUUCCAGAAUCUUUUAGUGAGAUUUGGCAGUCUAUACAAACAUUUGCAGUUGAUAAUAAUAUUACAAUUGAAAUUCCAUAUCAAGCACGAGAUUCUAAGAGAAAGAGAAAAGAGCUGACUCGUCUUAAUGAUUACAUGUUAACUACCUCAAAAAGUGCAACAUCUGAACCAGUUGAGUCAACUUUAUCUGUUCAUGACUAUUAUAGAAAUAAUAUUUAUUAUAAGAUAUUUGACUCCAUUACAAUAAAUUAAAAAAAAAGAUUUUCUCCAGAAAAUUUGAUUGUUUCUGUAGACAAAUUCAUGCAACUUCAAUAUGAAAGAAGUUUAAUAUUUAUUGAUCAUUAUAAGGACUCAUUGGAUAUCAAUAAACAAAACCUAAAAGCAGAAAUGAUUGUUGCGAUAAAUUGCUUCAAUAAAGACAGUGAUUUGAGUAUUGCAGAUUUAAAAACUGCUAUUAUAAAUGAAAUAUUUCCAAAUAUAUAUAAAAUGCUACAAGUAGCACUAACUUUACCAGUUUGCUUUGCAACUUGUGAGCGCAGUUUUUCAGCUAUGCGAAGAAUAAAAACUUGGGUGAGAACUUCCAUGCUUCAAGAUCGCUUCUCUAAUUUAUCAAUUCUUCACAUAAUAAAAGACCUUACUAAAAGUAUUGAAAGUGAAACGAUUUAAAAUAAAUUUGCAGAAUCCUCCAGAAUACUGGUUUUAAAAUAAAAUACAUGUCAGUUCUUUUCUGCACAAAGAGCCAUCAGUUGGAUCAUAAAAAAAAAAAUGUUAUUGAUAAAAUUGUAUUAAACAACUAAAUAUUGUGAGUAACAGAUUAUUAAAAAUGUAAAAUAUUAAAUAUGGACAGUAUUAUUACUUACGUUGUAAAUGAAAAAUGAAAAAUGAAAUGGUGGAGGGGUAAACCCCGCUUCUUAAAUUUACAAAAAAAUGUAAGCCCCCCCGACGUUUUCAAUGGAUAUCCGCUUAUGGACGGUAUAAAGUAAUAACAGUGACUCUUACAUAAAAUUGAAGUAAAAUAACAUUAUUAUUAUGUAU